GAAAAAGAGAGAGAGAGUGGAGAAGCGCACACCAAAAGCUCACCUCUCGGCGAGCCCCUCUUUGGAUGACACACUCUCCUCCUCCUCCUUUUUUCCUAUUUCUUUUCCUCCAUGCAUGGACCAAGACGGCAUUAUAUGGAUGUCCUCGGAAAAAAAAAAGGAUUGCCUUCCCAUUGAAAUAGAGAAAAAAUGAAAAGGAAUAAAAAAGACUGACUUCCAAUGGAGUGCAACGGAGCUGGGGGUAUGCAUUUGGACUGAUAAUGAAGCGGAAUUGGAUUGUUUUCCAUCCAGCAUGCCGUGAGUGUCAUCCUAUUAAACAAUUUUAUUGAUUACAUAUUAUAUUCGGAAUAUUGAAGAAUUUUAAACUUCAAAGUAAAACACUAGAAAAUGACAUUAAUAUGUCAUUAUAAAGUGGACUGCUGACACUUUCAGCCCGAUUUUGUUAUUGUUUUUUUUUUCCUCCAUUAAAGUCAUGAACAAAACAGUAGGGUUUCGAUCCUGGGACCGAUAUAGUCAAGUGGAAACGCCUGGAGUACCAUUAAAACAAAUCCGAUAAACGCACUGCGAAGCCUGUCAAUAGCUGCUAUUGAUGAGGCGCUAUAUAAGGCUAAUGACCGGCUCCGGUAGCUCUACUCAUCGUUGGCGCAACGGCAAUGUGUUGUGAAACUUUUCCCAACAUGCCACGUCUUUGAACGCACCGCUUGAAGAUAAAGAAGACCCAGGACUUGAAUGUGUCUGGAAUAGAAGCACCAAAAAAAAAAAAACACAAUGGUGCUUCCGAAGAGGUGCCAGACCCGGAUUGCGGGAGAACCAGUGUCAAAACAGCUGACCUUCCUGUCCUGAAUCGGCGAGAGAGGCUCAGCUGCAGCGGCGGGGCCAGGGGGGAUGUGAUGGGGUGACGGCUCAAAACCUCCCCCGACACAUCCCUAAAACCCACCCGCCCUCCCUCCCCUUCCUUUUUUUUUUUUUUUUUUUCUCUGACUUUAGCGUAGCUUCAAAAACAAUGGAUCACAAUUUCUCCACAGUUCAAGAUGGUAAACAGAUGCUAACGGAGCGCGACUCGUCCAAACGGGUGCUCACGGGAUGCUUCCUCUCCCUCCUCAUCUUCACCACGCUGCUGGGCAACACGCUGGUGUGCGCCGCCGUCACCAAGUUCCGUCACCUGAGGUCCAAGGUCACUAACUUCUUCGUCAUCUCCCUAGCCAUCUCCGAUCUCCUAGUGGCCAUCUUGGUGAUGCCGUGGAAAGCCGCAACGGAAAUCAUGGGUUUUUGGCCUUUCGGUGCCUUCUGCAACGUAUGGGUGGCGUUUGACAUCAUGUGCUCCACCGCCUCCAUUUUGAACCUGUGUGUGAUUAGCGUGGAUCGCUACUGGGCCAUCUCGAGUCCAUUCCGCUACGAACGCAAAAUGACCCCUAAAGUGGCGUGUCUAAUGAUUAGCGUAGCGUGGACCUUGUCGGUGCUUAUCUCCUUCAUUCCUGUUCAGCUGAACUGGCACAAAGCUCAAACCGCCAACCUAGCCGAGCUAAACGGAUCGUACCCGGGAAACCUGCCUCCUGAUAACUGUGACUCCAGCCUGAACAGGAGCUACGCUAUCUCCUCAUCGCUUAUCAGCUUCUACAUCCCCGUUGCCAUUAUGAUCGUGACCUAUACACGAAUUUACCGCAUCGCUCAAAAACAGAUACGGAGAAUAUCCGCUCUGGAACGUGCGGCUGAGAGUGCCAAAAACCGCCACAGCAGCAUGGGGAACGCUUCCAAUAUGGAGAGCGAGAGUUCGUUUAAAAUGUCGUUCAAACGAGAAACCAAAGUCUUAAAAACGCUCUCGGUCAUCAUGGGGGUGUUUGUGUGCUGCUGGUUGCCCUUCUUUAUACUCAACUGCAUGGUUCCGUUCUGCGAACCCAAUCUGCCCGACGACGCCAACGACUUCCCGUGCAUCAGCCCGACCACCUUCGACGUGUUUGUGUGGUUCGGUUGGGCCAACUCAUCGCUCAACCCCAUCAUCUACGCUUUCAACGCCGACUUCCGAAAGGCCUUCUCCAUCCUGCUCGGAUGCCACCGCCUCUGCCCGGGCAGCAACACCAUCGAACUCCUCAGCGUCAACAACAACAACACCGGAGCCGCCCCCGUUCCCAAUCCCAACUCUCAAUACCAGCCCAAAAGCCACAUCCCAAAGGAUGGCAACAACUCGGCGAGUUGUGUGAUUUCUCACAACAUCCUACGUCAGGAGGACUUGGAGGAGGAGGAGUUACACAAGCUGGACCGAGGCGGGCUCGGGGACGACAUAAUGGAGGUAGGUGUGGUAAACAAUGCCUUGGACAAACUGUGCCCAGCCAUCUCCGGGAAUUUAGACAGCGAUACGGAGAGCACACUGGAAAAGAUCAAUCCCAUAACACACAACGGGCAGCACAAAGCCGUGUCCUGCUGAGAGCAGGAUCAGAACACUCAGAGACGGACAUCUCGAUAAAAAAUGCCUGACAGUGACGUAGGUACCUUAAGACUGUCAAAACACCAAUCCACAAGGAAAAACCUUUCCGAAUGUUUCCAAGUAAAGGCACUUUAUUCCGGGUAAACUAACUGCAAAAUUGAAUGACGUGGUGUGAAAACAUUUGCAUUUUGUACAGUAGUCCACGUGGACUUUUAACAGUAUUUAGUGCCAAGGACAAUGUAGAAGUCGUUCGAUGUAGGUGUAGGCGUGUGUGUUUAAUGGAAAAGUUUACUAACUUGUUUAGUUUGUCUCUGAUAAUAUUUUCAUUGCAGUAUUCAUCUGGCAGUUUUCCUGCAAAGGGCCCAAAGGUAGUUCCAAGAUAUGUUCAGUUAAAGGGAAACAACCCUAUUUGGUAGGCUAAGUUCCUUUCACACAGUCCAUCAGAGAAGUAAAGUCUUGAAUUGUAAACCAAAAAUUGUCCGGGGUUGGGAUUUACGAGUAUUUCAUCCGUACCUUUCACACAGCAUGUGUUUUUUAAUGUGUUCCCGUUCUGUCUACCGGCUUCUAAGAGAGGAAAAGUUCCUUUCACACAGUCCAUCAGAGAAGUAAAGUCUUGAAUUGUAAACCAAAAAUUGUCCGGGGUUGGGAUUUACGAGUAUUUCAUUCGUACCUUUCACACAGCAUGUGUUUUUUUUCUGUGUUCCCAUUCUGUGUUCUGUCUACCGGCUUCUAAGAGAGGAAACAAACCUAUUUAGUCGCCCAAGUUCCUUUCACACAGUCCAUCAGAUAAGGAAAGUCUUGAAUUGUACACCAAAAAAUGUCCGGGGGUUGGGAUUUACGAGUAUUUCAUCCGUACCUUUCACACAGCAUGUGUUUUUUUUUUGUGUUCCCGUUCUGUCUACCGGCUUCUAAGAGAGGAAACAACCCUAUUUGGUAGCCUAAGUUCCUUUCACACAGUCCAUCAGAUAAGUAAAGUCUUGAAUUGUACACCAAAAAUUGUCCGGGGUUGGGAUUUACGAGUAUUUCAUUCGUACCUUUCACACAGCAUGUGUUUUUUUUCUGUGUUACCAUUCUGUCUACCGGCUUCUAAGAGAGGAAAAGUUCCUUUCACAUGGUCCAUCAGAUAAGAAAAGUCUUGAAUUGUACACCAAAAAAUUGUCCGGGGUUGGGAUUUAUGAGUAUUUCAUCCGUACCUUUCACACAGCAUGUGUUUUUUUUUGUGUUCCCGUUCUGUCUACCGGCUUCUAAGAUCUGAGUCAUAACAGAGAUAACAGGAUGUUGCCUGUGUGAAAGGGUAUUCCAGGACUGGGAGUCUUGCACAUUUAAUUAUCUGAUCCUGCUGACUUCUGCAGGGUGUCUGUGUGAAAGAGGCUAGUGGGUGGGUCCUAUUUUCUGUUGCAUUUUUUUUUAAUCUCUCGAUCCCUAAACUUCCUUUCCUGUCUCUCUCUCGGUUUAGUCCAGUUUAUCUUUUCUUCAUCUCAAAUUAAGAGUGACUUCUCUCUUUUUUUUCUCCUCUCCCUGAGUCACUUGCCCUUCCCAUUUCCUGGCAAAGACAUUUCUCCGGCUUAAAGUGGUACUAGUGUUUCUGUUCUUAGCAGUACUCAAUGUAAGAAGAAUGUAAGUCUAGACCAGUGAUUUUCAACCACUGUGCCUCGGCACACUAGUGUACCUUGAGAAACCGUCAGGUGUGCCGUGAGGAAUUAUCCAAUAUCACUUUUUAUAAUUAAUAUUCAUGAAUCAUCAUUUGCAAAUAUUAUGUCAAUAGCCAUGAAUAUAUGGACCCAAAUAUUCCAAUUGCAUUUGGUUUAUUUGCUCAAACGGAAAGAAUUGAACAGGGAUGGAAUAUUCCUUUAACCAAUCCGAUUGAGGUAUCUUGUACCCGCUCAAACGGAAAUUUGUCAGGGUGCGUUCUUCUUCGUGGUGUUUUUCUUCUUCUGUUGUUUAUUGGCGGGUUAGCAAGCAGUUUUCGUAUGCAUUAGCGCCAUCUGUGAAACAGAAUCUAAACCCUUGCAUACUUUAUUCAAAAAAAAGAAAAAAAAUAUAUCUAUAUAAAACAUGUCCCGAGUUUAAUUAUAAAAUAUUAGCAAGAUUGAAUUUGAUCUUUUCCUGUUUAAAUUGAUCCCGGGUGCGUUCUUUCAGCGCAUGCUCAGAUAUGACGUAACACGCAGAUCCAGACGUUCUUCACUUUUAAAAAUGGAGGCCAGCAAUCGGCACUGGACUAAGCAAAGUUUGUUUUUGAUUCAAAUUAAAAUUUCAAGACUGGACAGAUGAAAAACUGGCAAUACGGAGUUAUUCCAACAAGUGAAAGAAAAACUUCGGAAAAAAGUCGGUAUCACGUGAUGUUGAUGUUUACGUUUUACCGCGCAUGACCCAUUGACUAUUCUGGUUGAUUUUCACGGCGCAUGUAGACAAGAGAUUGGAAUAUUCCUUUCUAUGGAUACCAUUGUUUCCCGAAAGGUCAUUCGGAAAGAGAAAAAGUGGUGAUGUAAAAACGUGGCUACUGUGGAGUGUCUGUGGUGUAAAGACUGGCAGAGCAAUGUAAUAUUGGUCCGUGUGGCAACACCUACCUUGUUCCUCCGAUAGACUUAUUGAUGCACGUGUGAGGUCGUGGUGACAUUUUGGAACAUUUUUGGUUAGAUUUUUCCAAUGUAUAAAAACGUGCCGUGGCUCAAAAAAGGUUGAAAAACACUUGUCUAGACUAAAAUAAGUCAUAUAUGGAAGAACCUGAAAGAAAGUGACACCAACUGAUAUUUUUUCGGCAACAUGUAAAUAUCCGAUUAGCUAAAUUGCUCACAACGGGGAGUCAUGCCACGCCAUGCUGUGUGCUAUGCUCGGCUCCGGCGGCCAUGUCAGAAGCACGCAGGGUGAUGACAGUCGCUUGCGUUCACAGCGUGAUGGAAAAUGACCGCUCAAUCAUGUUGAAUCAACGGCUCCAAAUAUUGCAUUGAUGAAUAUUGAUGAAAUGAAACUGCAUUGUAAUGUAGCAGCUUCCUGGUUGUGGGAGGAUUGCGUUGCGUUGUCAUUGGUGGUACUGUGUAAAAUGUGUUGUGUAUCUCAUUUACGUGAACGAUGGUUGACAAAAUGCAUAGCAUACUGUACGUGUACUGUAAGAGAACGUUCUAUGAAAGUCCUCAUGCAUCAUCAAUUUGAAUUAUAACAGUGAUAGAAAUGUACUACUUUCUGCAUGCGAGGUGCAUCCCGGACAUGAAAAGAAAUAUUUGGGGGAAAUAAUAUAGAUUUUUAUGUAUUUGUGCUCCAUUACCGUAUGGGGUGUCCUAAUUUUUUCACAUAACUAUUUUUUUUCAUGUGACAUCAAAUAUUGAAUAAUUGUCAACAUAAUUCACUCCUACGGCACGGCGGUCUAGUGGUUAGCGCGCAGACCUCACAGCUAGGAGACCACAAGAUUUGACCGCCAAAACAACAGGCUUUUAUUGCAGGAUUUGAAUGAGCUGAACUGAUGAGUUUUAUUUACGUAUUAAAUGGCUUAUUUUCGGGUGGUUAGCACGCAGACCUCACAGCUAGGAGACCAGGGUUCAAUUCCACCCUCGGCCAUCACUGUGUGGAGUUUGCAUGUUUCUCCCCCGUGCAUGCGUGGGUUUUCUCCGGGUAUUCCGGUUUUUCCUCCCACAUUCCAAAAAAACAUGCUAGGUUAAUUGGUGACUCCAAAUUGUCCAUAGGUAUGAAUGUGAGUGUGAAUGGUUGUUUGUCCAUAUGUGCCCUGUGAUUGGCUGGCGACCAGUCCAGGGUGUACCCCGCCUCUCGCCCAAAAAGACAGCUGGGAUAGGCUCCAGCACCCCCGCGACCCUCGUGAGGAAAAAAGCGGUAGAAAAUGAAUGAAUGAAUGAAUGGUUAAAAAACAUGGCCGCCAUCAAGCAAAACGUCACAGACGGGACGUAACUAAUUACCAUAACAUUUUGUUUAAUAAUAAUAAAAAAAAUUUUUGACCACAACCCAUAUGUGGCGCCAUUACAGUGAUGUGACAAAAUUAGGACAUAGCAUGGGGUCAUGUUUUUUUUUUUUUUGGUUUAUUUCACAUUAAAGUGUUAUAUUAUUUACUACAUGUCCAAAUAUAAGAUACCUGUUCAUGUUAUGUUGCCUUUCCCCAUUCAUAUGUUUACUGCUUUAUUUAUGCCAGAGGUUUUCAAAGUGUGAGGUGGGGGUUUGGAAUAAUUUAGAAGGGGCACAUAUGAAUAUUAUUUCAAACCUGUUAUGUUUUUUUUUGUAAUUAUGUCAAAUGCAGAAUGAUUUGAUUUUGAUAUCAUACAUUUGGUGGCGAUAAAUGUACUCAGAUAAAAUAUUUUUUUGGGGAAGUCUAGUCAGGGAGGGGCGGCACGGUGGUGGAGUGGUGAGCACGCAGACCUCACAGCUGGGAGACCAGGGUUCAAUUCCACCCUCGGCUAUCUCUGUGUGGAGUUUGCAUGUUCUCCGGGUACUCCGGUUUCCUCCCACAUUCCAAAAACAUGCUAGGUUAAUUAGCGACUCCAAAUUGUCCAUAGGUAUGAAUGUGAGUGUGAAUGGUUGUUUGUCUAUAUGUGCCCUGUGAUUGGCUGGCGACCAGUCCAGGGUGUACCCCGCCUCUCGCCCAAAGACAGCUGGGAUAGGCUCCAGCACCACCGCCACCCUCGUGAGGAAAAAGCGGUAGAAAAUGAAUGAAUGAAUAGUCGGGGAGGCCGCAGCGGUAUUCUGUUUUCAUAAUGGAGACUCCCGGUGCCACACUUUGAAAACCCCUGGUUUAUGCUCUGACUCACUAGCGCCUCUGGAGGAAUAACGUGGUACUGUAAAGCAGCACCAGCUGGUCACCAAAAUGCAUACCUGUCAUUUUUCCUUUACUUUUCCAGAACACUUGUUGCCAGGUAUGCUUAAAUAAAAUCAGGGGACGUAGACUAAUAUAAAUAUAAAUAAACGUAUAACCAAAGUUAGGCUUGAUUGAGUUGCAGUAUUUUUUUUUUUAUUUUUUUUUUCCCAAGGGGAAGUCAUGUGUUUUGAAACUGUUGCGCAGGGACACAGAUCAUCCAAUAGCAAAGCAAUUGCUCUUGAACGCAGCAUUUGAUUUUCCCAUGCUGGAAAAUCCAAUGCUGUCUAUAUGGCAACAAAAAUAAAACAGGGUGGUAGCUUUUUAGCUCAAUAAGUGACACAAGCGAGCUCAUUGUCCUUCUGUCACGCUGCUGCUCGAUUAGCUUAGCAGCGAAUGGCCUCGUUGUCAAUUCCGUUUAAUUUCAAAUAUUCCAUUGCAGAUUAUUUUCUUGUAUCCGAUACCGUUUGAGCUCCACUUUUUGUCCCGCGUAAACACAACAGGAAGUAAUGUGUGCUAUGUUGUGCAGUUAGUCAGUCAGGACCGGACAAAAAGGAUGCAUGGGAACCGCCUUGGAGAAUAUUCACCCCUCCUCAUCCUCAUCCUCCUCCUCCUCGCUCUCUUUUCUCUUGGCUGCCUCUGUCGACUUGAUGAGCAUUCCAGAUGUUAACACGGAUUGAAUUUAUUAUUAAACAGACAGGGCCUACUGUUUCCCUUCUGUACUUUUGAGUCACGGCAAUGAAUCAAAGCUCUCUGCAGAUAUUCAGAGAGUAACUGAUGAGGCUCGGAAUUAUGGCCGGGAUUUUUUUAAAUUUUUUAUUAUUUUUUUUUUUGGUCAUCGGUGGCAUAUUAAUACUGAUUUCAAGAAGAACCGGGAAGUAGGAUAUAUCGGAAACCGGAGCUUAUAAAGUGAGAUGUCAAAAUGAUAAGAAAUUAUCACCAAAUAUGCUAUUUUUAUAGCAAAUAUUUACACAAAUUAUGUCAGUAUUAUUCAGGUGUUUUAUUAUAGUAAUGAUACAUUAUAGAUUUUUAAAAAUUAAUUAUAAUAUUAUAUAAUUUAUAAUAAUUACAUUAUAUAUUAGCGUUAUUUUUUGUCUGAACCGGUUCCAUUUUUAUGUUCGCCCAGUUCCAAAAAAAUAUUUAAUAGUCAAUCUGAAUUUUUCUGAAAUCUGAAAUCAUAGUCUUUUGGGGUACAUCUAUUUGUCUCAGGCUGCAUGGUGGUUGAGUGGUUAGCACGCAGGCCUCAAAGCUAGGAGACCGUGGUUCAAUUCCGCACUCGGCCACAUUCCAAAAAACAUGCUAGGUUAAUUAGCGACUCCAAAUUGUCCAUAGGUAUGAAUGUGAGUGUGAAUGGUUGUUUGUCUAUAUGUGCCCUGUGAUUGGCUGGCCACCAGUCCAGGGUGUACCCCGCCUCUCGCCUCCCGAAGACAGCUGGGAUAGGCUCCGGCACCCCCGCCACCACCCUCGGAUAAGCGGUAGAGAAUUAAUGAAUGAAAGUUGGAACUACGACUUCCGAUGGCGUUCCGUCGCAAUUUUUUCUGACUUCCUGGUUUUCCGAAAGCAGUUUCUCGAAUUGAUCUCAGUUGAGUCCCGUGUUGAAAGCGUCCGAUUCCUCUGACCACUUGCCGUGCACACAUGAGUCAUCAGUGCAUGUCACUGCUUUGAUUCAGAAUUCGAGCGACAACAUUCCACUCUCUCCUUUCUUUUCCAUGUCCUCCAGUUAGGAGUUAUUGACAGAACAAUAUGGGACUUCUCCAACGUCCUAUCGCUGUA